UACAAAGAGAGCUGAAUAAAACUUUUUUUUUCUUGUUUUUGUUUAUUUUGUAAGGGUAAGGCUGAUUUUUCGCUGAUGAUUUUAAGAAAUGCUUUAGAGAUGAGGUCAUCUCUUUGGGCUGGUCUCCACUUACAAGUCAGUUCUUGUCUAAUGAGUUAGUGGAACAAUCGGGGCUGCCCAGAAGGACCUUUAUUUCUCUAUAAGGCUCAGAAAGUUUUUUUUUAUUUAUUUAUUAAAACAAAAGGUUUUUACCCAUUAACCUAUGACUUAGGCCUACCUUGAAAGUGUAUUUAUAUAUGCUUUAAAAUAUACCUUUAAAGCAAAUUGUAUGUUAAUCUAAAGAUUCCACUGAAUAAAAAGUGUUUUUUUCAUCAAAUCAAGGGAAUAAAGGAAUAAACAGAUAUCAUGUUAAAUUGCUCAAGAUGGAACAGAAUGGCUAGAAUGAUUAUGAAAAUGCAUUUGCUCUCAGCACCCUCCGUUCCAUUCAGUGAAAAAGAUGACCAUGUUCCACCAUAUGACUGUGAGUUGUUUUAUCUAAAGAUGAAUGUGUAAUUCACGUUUCCACAUAGCAUCAUUUAAAUGUAAUGAUGAUUAUUUUUAAUGGAAAAAAUUACAUGAUGCAAUGAAUGAAAGACUAAAAUGGAGCUUGAUUUAUUUGAAACCUCAGAAUGGAAACUUCCAAUUCUAUGCCUUGAAAGCCUUUUUAUGUGGGCAUCUACAUUUAUCCCAUGUAUCUCUGCUAACAGAAUGGAAAGAUGUAAUAGGAGAGGGCCAAAUUAGUCCUCAGACAGCACAAAGACAAAGAGCCUUUUUAGCGUCCUUUGCGGCCAUUUUCAAAAAUGCUGAGUUGCAAGCCAUAUGGAAAGUUAAUAUGCGGUAAUGUUUAAUGUCAGCAAAUGUUGUGGAAUUACUUUGGCAUCUGGUCGGCUUCUCCGGGAGUCUCCAGCCUCUUUUCCGAGCUGCCUGGCAACGAUGCAAGCCAAAAAGAAUGCCUGGCAGAGUGGAGACAGAAGUUAUUCACACUGCCCAGACUCUCCCAGAGGAAUGGAAGCGGUGUGCUGCUCAUAGGAUGUGCCUCACCUACCUACGUCCCUCCUAGAUCCUAAAAACAUCACUUGGAUCCACCAUUGUACCCUGACAAUUGAGUCCCUUUCUCACUAGAGUCAUUAUAUUAGUUUAGUUGUCCUAAAAGCAAGUUUUUAAGAUGGCUUCUCUGCAAUGGUGCCUUGACAUCCUCACUCAAGAGUACUCAGCUUGAUUUCUGAGUGAGUGAAGACUCAUGGUUUGGAGAUGGGGCCUGUUCGGACACGAGGGGAAUCUGCUCAGGCCUCUUGAGGUUGAUGCGCCAGGUUGGUGAGCCACCUUUCCAGCCUCCAUGAUCCCAAGCUUGUUGCUCAGGAUGUGUUUUUUGUCAUCUGCCUGUGCACUUGAUGUUAUGUGAGCUGUGGCUUUCCCCACCAUGUAUUUUAGAAUGAUAUUCUGAGAUUUGACCUACCCUUUAGUGACCUGCAUGCUCCUAUCCUGCUGCCCCACCACAUCCCUUCAUUGACCUUUGCAUGGAACUUAAUGUAUGUCCUGACACCCGUUAUGUAACAGGAGAGGACAUAAUGUCUGGAAUUCUUGGCAAUAAAACCAGAGAGCGAAUGCGUCAUCAUAAAUAAUAUCACAGGUGUGAUUUGGUACAGGCGUAAGCUGAAAGGACGUGCUGUAGAUCAUCACAUCCGUGGUAUUAGUCAUGACAGCGCAUGACCUGGAGUGUUCUAUUGCUUUCAUACAACAGUUCUUCAAAUGAAAAAGAAAUAGGUAAAGAAACCCAAACAUUGCACUGCAAAAGAUCUUCACAUUGAGUUGAUUUAUCUAAAAUGUCUCAUUUUGAGAUUCUUGUAGGAAUAUAAUAAGAUUACUUAACUUGUAUCUAGAUGUUUUAUACUUGCUUUACGUACUUUUAUCUAGUUUCCUUGUGUUAUUCUACUGGCAGAUAGCUUUGCUUGUUUUAAGCAAUAUUUCACCUGAUCUCUUAAAAACAAACAGAAUUAUCUGCAUUAUGUCUUAUAAACAACACAAGUAUUACAAUAACUAAGACAAUUUCUCUAGGUAAAAUGACUUCAAACAAGUGAACAAAUCUACAAGUCUACCACUUAUAUCCAACUAUAAGUUGGAUAAUCUUCUAAUAUUCUUAUAACAGUCUUAAAAUGAGAAAUACGAGCCAUAUUAACUAGAAUUAACAUGUUUUUGCUUACCAAGAUAUAAUUUGUUACAGUUAUAUGUUUCAACCAAAACAUAUAUUACUGCAGCUUAAAGUAAAGCUACAAUUGCUGUUGCUUAGCAACCACUAGGUAAUGGAAAGAUACAGGAAUGGUGGAAAAAAAUGUGCUGUUAUCAGAUAUAACAAAACAUGCACAAUGUUUUUCAACCAAUCAUGUCAGGUCAAAGUCAACUGUUGUAUAAUAGGACUUCAACAUGUAUAGAAUAAAGAUUAGUUACUGCCAUGUGGGCUUGGGACCAGACUGUAACCCCUUAGUCCCACUGGCUCAGUGUAUGUCAUCGAAGCAUGUUCUGCAACACUUACUAGCUCUUUCCUCAUUUUUUUAGACAUUUUCUAUUAUCUUCUCUAUAAACAUUGUAUAAUAGAGCAUCUUUCCCCUUCUCUUUCCCUCACUCACACAGGAUACUAUUCUGUCAAGACAUGCAUAAGCAUGUCCAGCUUCCAUACAGAUGUUACCUUGGAUGUAAGACCUGAGUGGAACCUCCAUCAGAGUUGAAAUUUAACAUCCUCAGUGAAAACACAGUGCAAAUGUCUUGGAGGAGGCCAGCAUCUCUGAUACAUGGCUUCAGAAUACAAGUAGUAUCAGACACAGAUGAUAUAAAUGAUAUUACUCUACCUGCCUCGGCCGAAAGCACAGAUAUUGGAAACCUCACUCCAGAUGUAGAUUACUCUGUGUCGAUCAACUCCUAUGUUGGCUCAGAAGAAAGCAUUCCCAUAUUUGGCCAAAUAACAAUUCAGUCCAGUAACACGAGUGGGACACCGAGGCAACCACAGGUUACAGAUGCCGUCAAGUGCUCAGUGAGUGCUGUAGCGGAUCUGGCUUUCCUGGUGGAUGGCUCCUGGAGUGUGGGAAGGGAAAAUUUCAAAUUCAUCCGGAGUUUUAUUGGGGCCGUGGCAGGAGCCUUUGACAUUGGAGAGGACAAGACCAGGGUGGCUGUGGUGCAGUACAGCACAGACACCAGGACAGAGUUCAACCUGAACCAGUAUUACAGACGAGCAGAGCUCCUCCGGGCCAUCAAAAAUCUGCCCUACAAAGGGGGCAACACCAUGACAGGUGAAGCCAUGGAUUAUCUGGUGAAAAACAUUUUCACUGAGGCAGCCGGAGCCAGGAAAGGUUUCCCCAGAGUGGCCAUUAUCAUUACAGAUGGAAAAUCUCAGGAUCCUGUGGAUGAGUAUGCCAAGAGACUGAGGAACAUAGGAGCUGAAGUUUUUGUCUUAGGUAUCAAAGGUGCUGAUGAAGAUGAACUAAGGGAAAUAGCCUCCACUCCACACAACAGGCAUAUGUACAGUGUGCAAGACUUUGAUUUAAUUAAGGAAGUGCAGAAACAGCUCAUCACAGAGGUGUGCUCUGGAGUGGAGGACCAGCUGAGCUCCGUUGUGAGUGGAGAAGAAGUUAUUGAGCCAGCCUCAAAUCUUCAAGUGAGAGAGAUCUCCUCUAAGUCCAUGAGAGUAACAUGGGACGCGUCUCCAGGCGAAGUCACAGGCUACAAGUUGUCGCUUAUGCCCAUGCUUGCUGGCAGCAAGAGACAGGAAAUGUACACAGGGCCCACCCACACAUCUGUGAAUGUCAGGGACCUGUCUCCCGAAACUGAAUACGAGAUCAGUUUGUUUGCACUUAAAGGUCUGGUCCCAAGUGAGCCAGUAAUGGCCAUGGAGAAGACCCAGCCUGUCAAAGUGUCAACAGAGUGUUCACUGGGGGUGGACGUUCAAGCUGAUGUUGUCCUUCUGGUUGAUGGUUCCUACAGCAUAGGACUAGCUAAUUUUGCUAAAGUGAGGUCCUUCCUGGAAGUGCUGGUGAAUUCCUUUGACAUUGCACCCAACAAGGUUCAGAUUAGCUUGGUCCAGUACAGCAGAGACCCUCACACUGAGUUUGCCCUCAACAAGCACCACGACAGCUCUGCGGUGGUGAAAGCCAUACGCACAUUCCCCUAUCGAGGAGGCUCCACCAACACUGGCAAGGCCAUGACCUACGUGAGGGAGAAAAUCUUUGUGGCAAGCCGUGGUGCCCGUGACAAUGUGCCACGAGUCAUGGUGCUCAUCACUGAUGGCAAGUCCUCUGACUCUUUCAAAGAUUCUGCAGCCAACCUGAGGAACGCAGAUGUGGAGAUCUUUGCUGUAGGGGUGAAGGACGCUGUACGAUCUGAGCUGGAGGCCAUUGCCAACCCCCCUGCUGACAACCAUGUGUUUGAGGUAGAGGACUUUGAUGCCUUUGAGAGAAUCUCCAAGGAGCUGACCCAGUCCAUCUGCCUCAGGAUCGAGCAGGAGCUCCUCAACAUCAAGAAGAGAAGUUUGGUUCCACCAAAGUCCUUAACAUUCUCAGAGGUGACAUCCAGGAGCUUCAGGACCACUUGGGUCUCCGACGCCACAGAUGUCCUGUCUUUCCUGGUGCGUUUCCGCCCAGCUGCUGAUGUAACCGGAGACUACAUCUCCCUGUAUGUGCCUGCUGAGACCACCACUGCCGUCUUGCCUCAUCUCACCCCACAUACCACCUAUGAGGUUAAUGUCUUUGCCCAGUAUGAGAGAGGAGACAGCUUUCCAUUAACAGGAGAAGAGACCACUUUAGAAGAACAAGGGACUGUGCGGAACCUUAGAGUGUCAGAGGAGACUACUGACAGUUUCCGAGUGUCGUGGCGGUCAGCUCCAGGGUCUGUUCUGCGCUAUAGGGUUUUCUACGAGCCUGUAAGUGGUGGAGACAAAUUAGAGGCAAUGACUGAAGGCAGCGAGACCACCAUAGUGCUGCAGGAACUGUUUCCCAUCACCACCUACCGUGUAACUGUUUCUGCUGAGUAUGCAUCUGGCAUGGGGCCCCCAAUGGACACUCUUGGCACCACCAAAGAAGCUAGGGGCUCCCCACGCAAUCUGAGGGUGUUUGAUGAAACCGAGUCCACAAUGAGGCUUUCAUGGCAAGCUGCUCCUGGAAAUGUGCUUCAGUACCGCAUAGCCUACAAACCUGAAGGCGGGGAGAGGAAAGAGAUUGCCGUUAAGUCAGACUCCUUGGCUGCCAUGCUCAAAAACCUGUUGCCAGGCACGGAAUAUGAGCUAUUCGUUAGUGCCCGCUACCCCUCCGGCCUUGGAGAUCCCCUUUUGGGAAAAGGCAACACAUUAGAGGUACUUGGCUCUCCUAAAGACUUGGUCACUAAGGAUGUUACUGAAACCAGCUUUGGUGCUUCCUGGACUAUUGCACCUGGCAAUGUGCGUGGUUAUCGAGUCACCUGGAAAUCUCUAUUCUCCGAAGAGGCUGGGGAGAAGACGGUCCCAGGUGAUGUCACCGCCACCGUGCUGGACAGACUGACUCCAGAGACGCGCUACAAGGUCUCAGUGUAUGCAUCCUACGGCCGUGGAGAGGGAGAGCCACUGGUGGGAGAGGAAACCACAGAUGUUUCAGCUGCGGCCAGGGCCAUUACUGUAACCGAGGAGACAGAGAGGAGCAUGCGGGCCACAUGGCAACCAGCACCCGGAAACGUUGUUAAUUACAGGGUGACAUACAAGCCUCAUGAUGGUGCACGACCAGUGGUCUCCAAAACACCACCCAGCACCACGACAAUUGUCUUGCGACGACUACAGCCCAAGACCACUUACGAUAUUGUAGUGAUUCCUGUCUACAAGCAUGGAGAUGGAAAAGCAAGACAAGGAACGGGAACCACAUUGUCACCUUACAAAUCUCCAAGAAACUUACAAACAUCUGAGCCCACUAAGACCAGUUUCAGGGUGACAUGGGACCCUGCACCUGGAGAUGUGAAGGGCUAUAAAGUGACCUUCCAUCCUUUUGGGGAUAAGAUAGACUUCGGAGAGCUGGUAGUUGGUCCUUUUGACAACACAGUAGUUCUGGAGGAGCUCAGAGCUGGCACCAAGUACACUGUGAAUGUGUUUGGCAUGUUUGAUGGAGGAGAGAGUAUGCCCUUGGCUGGAGAGGAGAAGACCACUCUCUCUGAUGAGCCUGCUGCCCCACCUAUCGAGGCUCCAGAUGUAAUGUGCAAAACCACUGCCCAGGCUGAUAUUGUUCUGCUAGUGGAUGGCUCCUGGAGUAUCGGCCGUCUGAACUUCAAGACCAUCAGGGCCUUCAUUGCUCGCAUGGUGGGCGUUUUUGACAUCGGCCCGGAUCGUGUCCAGAUUGGGUUGGCCCAGUAUAGUGGAGAUCCAAAGACUGAGUGGCAUCUGAAUGCACACAAAACCAGAGAGUCCUUGCUGGAGGCUGUGGCCAAUCUGCCUUACAAAGGAGGAAAUACACUGACAGGCCUUGCUUUGAAUUACAUCCUACAGAACAACUUCAAAACCAACGUGGGCAUGCGUCCAAACUCCCGUAAAAUUGGCGUUCUUGUCACUGAUGGAAAAUCACAGGAUGAUGUUAUUGCCAACUCUCAGAAUCUACGUGAGCAGGGCAUUGAGCUCUAUGCAAUUGGUGUGAAGAACGCUGAUGAAAACGAGUUACGUUCCAUUGCCACUGAUCCUGAUGACAUCCACAUGUAUAAUGUGGCGGACUUCUCGUUCCUCCUGGACAUUGUUGACGAGCUGACAGACAAUCUCUGUAAGAGCGUCAAAGGCAAAGGAGGAGGAGUGGCGCCACCCACUGACCUGGUGACAUCUGAGCCGACCCACUAUUCUUUCCGUGUCACCUGGACUAAAGCUGAGGGCCCUAUUGAAAAGUACCUUGUAGAGUAUGUUCCAGUUGCUGGAGGCCAAACUCGGCAGUUAUUUGUGGACGGGACAGUGAGCACGGUGGUGUUAGAGGGUUUGGAUCCAUUGACUGAGUACGCAGUGAAUGUUUACUCUGUGGUUGGGGAAGAAAGCAGUGAGCCACUGAGAGGCACAGAGACCACACUGCCUCUAAAUGCAGCGAGGAGCAUGACCGUCUACAAACAGCGUGCCACCUCCAUGAGGGUGAAGUGGGAGCCCGCUGAGGGAGCCACAGGCUACUUGGUGCUUUACAGCUCUAAAAAUGCCACUGAGCCCACCAAUGAGCAGAUACGUGUGAAAGCCAAGAUCACAGACGUCCAGCUGAAGGACCUCCUCCCCAACACAGCCUAUGCCAUCACCGUCUUCGCCCUGCACGGCGACUCGACCAGCGACCCUCUCACUGAUCAGGGGGUGACCCUGCCGCUGCCUCCAGCCGGUGAGCUGAGGAUAACAGAUGUGACCCACAGCACCAUGCUGCUGGACUGGGAUGCUGCGCCUGGGCCUGUGCGCAAGUACAUUAUUACUUACAAACCUGAGGAGGGAGAGGUGAAAGAGCUUGAAGUGAAUGGGGACGUGACAACAAUAGACCUGGAUAACCUCAAGUCGCAGACCUUAUAUGAUGUGGCCGUCACUCCGGUGUACGACUCUGGAACUGGCAAUACAAUGCUCAACCAAGCCACCACAGGUGUUGUCCCAGCUCCAAAGAAUUUACGGUUCACAAAGAUAACCCAGACCAGCUUCAGGGCGCACUGGGAGCAUGGUGCCCCUGAUGUGGCCCUCUACCGCAUUGGCUGGACAAAGUCAGGAGAGGGCAACUAUGUAUAUGACAUCCUAAACAGUGAUGAGACCACUCAUCUCUUGGAGAACCUAGAGCCAUACACCCUGUAUGAUGUUUCUGUUACUGCAAUUUAUCCAGAUGAAUCAGAGAGCAAGGAUCUUAUCGGAAGCCAGCGCACAUUAUCCAAGAUAGUAAUUACACCUCCUCCCAGUGGUCCCCCUCAGAACCUGCAGGUGUAUAACGCCACUACCACCUCCCUCACAGUGAAAUGGGAUCAUGCCCCAGACCGAGUGCAGAAUUACAGGAUCACAUACGAGCCUGUCGCAGGAGGCAGGAGUCAAUCGACUCAGAUUGGUGGGAAAAAGAAUACAAUCACUCUGCAGAAGCUGACCCCUGACACCCCCUACCACAUCACUGUGGCUGCCAUAUAUCCAAAUGGAGAUGUCAAGGACAUAUCUGGUCAAGGAAAAACAUUGCCUCUUGGAGGAGUGCGAAACCUUCGAGUCACUGACCCAACCACCAGCACUCUGAACGUACAGUGGGAGCCAGCUGAGGGCAAUGUUCGCCAGUACAGAAUCUACUAUCAGGCUGCUCCAGGAGGCCCAGAGGACAUGGUUCAAGUCCCUGGAAACACUGUGAACACUGUACUGAAGAAUCUUCAAUCUGACACUGUGUAUGCGGUCACUGUAGUGCCAGUGUAUGCAGCUGGAGAGGGCAAACGCAUGACUGAGAAUGGAAAGACAUUGGUACGCACCCCUCCCAGGAACAUCAGGGUUUACAACCCCUCCACAAACAGCCUCAAUGUGCGCUGGGAUCCUGCAUCAGGUGAUGUGCAGCAGUACAGGGUUGUCUAUGCUCCACUCACUGGAACCCGUCCGUCCCAAUCUGUCCUUGUUCCAGGGAACACUCACAACACCUUGUUGGAGCAGCUAGUGCCAGACACUGAAUACACAGUGGGGGUGGUUGCUAUCUAUGCUGAUGGAGAGGGUGCAGCAGUCAAUGAUAAUGGCAAAACAUUGCCCCGCAGUGGACCCAGGAAUAUGCGUGUGUAUGACCCCACUACAAACACUCUGACUGUUAACUGGGAGCAUGCGGCAGGGCCUGUGCAGCAGUACCGGAUCAGCUAUGCACCAACUACUGGGGACCCCAUCGAGGAAUAUACAAGUGUUCCUGGCAACAGAAACAACAUCAUCUUACAGAACCUUCAGCCAGACACGCCUUACAGAAUCACUGUGGCGGCUAUGUACCCAGAUGGAGCUGGGGGAGAGCUUUCUGGAGAUGGACACACAUUGGGGCUCCUGGGCCCACGUAACCUGCGUGUGUCAGAUGAGUGGUACACUCGAUUCCGUGUAUCCUGGGACCCUGCACCUGCCAGGGUGAACGGCUAUAAGCUAGCCUACGCAGUGGAGGGCACUGAUCAGUUCACAGAGGUUUUUGUUGGAGAUGUGACCACUCAUAUCCUACACAAUCUCCAGCCUGGCACCACAUAUGAUGUGAAGGUUUUCGCCCAGUAUGACGCUGGCCCAAGUGGACCACUUGUUGACCAAGGAACUACCUUGUACCUGAAUGUGACUGAUCUCACGACAUACAAUGUCGGCUAUGACACAUUCUGCCUGAAGUGGACUCCGCAUCGAGCUGCUACCUCUUACAGACUUAGAGUCAACCCCUUUGACCCUUCUAACCGCGGAGCCCAAGAGGUCACCAUCACCGCUGCAGAGAGCCAGUACUGUUUUGAUGGGCUGACCCCAGAUGCGCUGUACAAUGCGACAGUGUACACUCAGACACCCAACAUGGAGGGACCUGGAGUCAGCACCAAAGAGCGCACUCUGGUGAAGCCCACUGUAGCCCCCACCGAGCCACCCACGCCUCCUCCUCCUCCUACCAUCCCUGCUGCCCUUGAGGUGUGCAAAGGUGCUAAAGCUGACCUAGUUUUCCUCAUUGAUGGGUCUUGGAGUAUCGGAGAUGAGAGCUUCCAUAAAGUGCUCCAGUUCGUUUUCAGCAUGAUUGGAGCUUUUGAUGUCAUCAGCCAUGAGGGCAUGCAGGUGUCCUUUGUGCAGUACAGUGAUGAUGCCAAGACAGAGUUCAAACUGAACACAUAUCAUGACAAAGGAAUGGCUCUGUCUGCUGUGCGGAUGGUCAACUACAGAGGAGGAAACACCAAAACAGGUGCUGCUCUGAAGCAUGUUGGAGAAAAGGUCUUCACCUCCGACAGUGGCAUGAGAAGGAAUGUUCCAAAGGUUCUGGUUGUUGUCACUGAUGGACGUUCUCAGGAUGAUGUUAAGAAGAGUGCUUCUAAACUGCAGCAUUCAGGUUACAGCGUGUUCGUUGUGGGUGUUGCUGAUGUGGACAUGGUGGAGUUGAGGAACAUUGGCAGCAAACCCAGCGAGAGACAUGUCUUUGUUGUUGAUGACUAUGAUGCUUUUGCAAAGAUACAAGACAACCUCAUUACAUUCAUCUGUGAAACAGCAACAUCAACAUGUCCUCUGAUUUACCUGGAUGGAUUCACAUCACCAGGCUUUAGAAUGCUUGAGGCCUUCAACAUCACUGACCGGACCUUUGGCGGUUUGAAUGGAGUGUCAAUGGAAGCAGGCUCCUUCAACAGUUUCAUCACCUACCGACUUCAUAAGGAUGCAUUCAUCUCUCAGCCCACAAAGGAAAUACAUCCAGAUGGACUCCCUCAUUCCUACACCCUUAUACUUCUCUUCCGACUCCUCCCUGACACCCCCAAGGAUGCAUUUGAUCUGUGGCAGAUUUCAGAUAAGAAUGACAACCCUGAGGUUGGACUCACGCUGAACCCUUCCAGCAGGACCAUUACAUUCUACAACAAAGACACUAGAGGUGAACUCCAGAGGGCUACCUUUGAUAAUGACCAAGUCAAGAGGAUCUUUCAUGGAAGCUUCCACAAGCUUCACAUCUCCAUUUCACCAAAAAAUGUCAAGCUGAACAUUGACUGCCAAGAAGUAGCAGAGAAAGAGAUCAAAGAAGCCAACAACAUCACCACAGAUGGCUAUGAAGUCCUUGGUAAAAUGGCAAAGUCUGGUGCUGGAAGGAGGCAGUCCGCUACAUUCCAGCUCCAGAUGUUUGAUAUUGUCUGCAGUUUGGGCUGGACAAGUCGAGACAAAUGCUGUGACCUGCCAGCAACGAGAGACGAGGCCAAAUGUCCAGCCCUUCCCCACUCCUGCACAUGUGCUCAGGAUAGCAUAGGCCCUCCAGGGCCUGCUGGUCCUCCGGGCAACCCUGGUACGAAAGGCCCUCGCGGUGAUAGAGGAGAAACAGGCUCCUCGGGUCCAAUGGGUCCACGUGGGGAGCAAGGUCUCGCAGGCCCAAUGGGACCACCAGGUCCACAAGGCCCCAACGGACUCUCUCUUCCAGGAGAACCAGGACGACCUGGACCAAAGGGAGAUCCUGGUGACCCAGGCCUACCUGGCCAGAGAGGCCCCAUUGGUGCUCCUGGUCCUCUUGGUCCUGUUGGACCAGCUGGAGCAAGGGGACAACCAGGACCAGAAGGCCCGUCUGGACCUAGAGGCCCACCAGGACAGAUGGGAACCCCAGGAGCUCCCGGAAUGCCAGGAAUCACAGGGAAACCUGGCAAAGCUGGAGAACCUGGAUUUCCAGGACCUGCUGGCAUUAAAGGAGAAAAGGGUGAAAGGGGAGAUACUUCCUCUCAGAAUAUGAUGAGAUCCAUCGCAAGACAAGUCUGUGAACAAAUAGUUAACAGACAAAUGAGCAGAAUCGAUAUGAUGCUGAACCAGAUCCCUAGUGGAUACCGCAACAACAACCCUGGACCUGCUGGGCCCCCAGGACCUCCUGGAAAGCAGGGACCUCGUGGAGAACUGGGCCAGACUGGACGCAAUGGCUUCCCUGGAAACCCUGGUUUACCAGGGCCUCCAGGAGAAAGAGGGCUGCCAGGAGAGAAGGGCGAGAGAGGAGCUCCAGGUGUUGACUCUCGGGGACAGAGAGGAUUACCAGGUCCACCUGGCCCACCAGGCCAGUCCCAGACUGGCCCCCCUGGUCCUACAGGCUCAGCUGGGCCCCGUGGCCCACCAGGACGUCAGGGUUCUCCGGGAGUCAGAGGACCACCUGGGCCUCCUGGUUACUGUGAUUCCUCUCAGUGUGUAGGCAUUCCUUACAAUGGACAAGGAUACCCAGGCCGCUACCCUCCUGAGCCUGAAACCUACGUAGUUCCUGCGGAACCAUCAGAAGAUACUGUGACAGAGAUACAGUCCCCCGGUUUACGAAACCAGCGUGGAAAGAGAUCACUAUCGACACAGGAAACUAAGAGGAUAUAAACAAAAGUGUCUAUUAUUCGCAUGAAGGACAACAUCCAAAACUAAACUGCGUUAUUGGAUUAAGCUUCAUGCAUAUGCAAAUUCAUUAACAAGGUUAAGUGGAAAUAAGGCUGAUAUUCAAACCUCAUUUCCUGUUUAGAACCCUGUGUGCUCUCUCACUGUCCCCAAACAUUUUUGGCUUUUUGGCUUGUAACAUAACUGCCUUUUAUGUUUAUAUGAGACUCCUGUGCAGUGCACUAAUCCCAAGACCAGUAUUCAUGUGUAAUGUGUGAAGAGUAAGAUGUACGGAUUGACCCAAAGGAAUCCUCACAGAUCAAUGCAAAAUUUUGUUUUUAGAAUAGACUCAUUCCUUUCAGUGCAGUUCUUUUGUUAUGCCUUCCUUCUCAUCAGUGAAGGCCAUUGGUUGUAAUUCCAUCCUCAUUUCUAAAACCUUGUUAGACCUGGCUUUGGUUUCAUUAUCCUAAAUAUUUAUCUGUUGUAUAACAACUCACAGCUCAUUUUUACCAAAGAUGGAAUUGCAUGACUGUGUUGUAUAUUUAGUAAGUACAUUUUAAAACCAGAAUAUAGUUUUUCCUUUUUUUUUUCAAAUCAAUCUCAAAUGCAGUUGGAAUUAGCUGCAAGGCUAUGGUCAUAGAAUUGCGCCUUGAUGUUUUAGCUGCACAUUGUGAAUUCCACAGCCGUAUUUUCUUAUUUAUUUCUGAAUCAGAAGAGGCAUUUUUCAAUAAAACUACUGAAAAUGUUUAA